AUGAUUUCAAUCUCUGAUAACAAAGUUCCGGUAAAACGGGUGCCAAAUUUUUCAGUUGCUGAAAAAACGCACUUGAUGCGUUUAAUUGCCAGUAAAUAUGCAUCUGUAUUGGAAGACAAAAAAACCGACAGGACUUCUUCCAUCCAAAAAAACAAGGCCUGGCAGUUGAUCGAGAACGAAUUUAAUUCGUCAUCCAGCAGCGGCGUAUAUAGAAAUGCAGCCUGUUUACAAAAGUGCUAUUCAAACAAAAAAAAAGAAUUAAGAAAAUCCCUAGCCGAAGAAAGGAAAGAAACUCUGUUAACAGGAGGUGGACCUCCUCCAAAAAUUAAAAAGGAUGAAUCGGACCAAAUUCUUGAAUCCAUUAUGAACAAAAAAAACAUUGGUAAGCAAGAGAAUGUUAUUGAGUUUGUCAUCGAGGAAGAUGGUGUUCUAGAACCAACAGUAUCAUUAGAGAAGACUGCUAUUAUAACCGAGACCUUGAGUAGUAACUAUGACUAUGUAGCAACAAAACAAAUAAGACAAGCAAGUCAAGUAGAGAAUAAUUUAAAAAAAAAGAACUCAUGUUGCAAAAAGAUACACAGAUUGAUGGCUGUGAAGAAAAUACCUGGAAAAAAUAUACCCCAGUACAACUACAAACUCCUAUCAGCUUCUAGCACCAGCAUGACACCCAAGAAUCGUCCAAGUCGAAGACGACCAACUACAAUUAUUAAGCCAAUGACAUCAUCUGAUGUGGGUAAGAAAUAUGAUCUCCUACUGGACAGAAGAUUACAGCUAAUUGACUGCCAACUUAAACAUACGGAAGCUGAAAAUGCCCUUGUUAUGAAAAAGCACAAGCUAGAAAUCGAAAUCCUAGAGAUUGAGUUGGCAAACAAAAAACAGCAACGUUUUAAAACCACUUUCCAGAAUAAUGACUUUUAAACUUGAAUUCAAUUUAUUCAAAAUACAAUACCAGUGUAACAUUCCAAAAUAUACUUACCUAAUUCUCUUAUCGACAGAAAAUCACAAAUUUGCCUUUUAUGUAUUUAGGAAAUUUUCUGAACAAUAUAUUUUUCAAAUAAUAAAUGAG